GCCAUUGAGUCUUAAAGCUCUUGAUGCUGUUGGGACCAUUCAUCCUCGAUCUCUAAUGCUUUGAUUAAUUAAAGAAGGAACCCAUUUGUAGUUUUUAUAUAUAUCCACAACCCAGAAUUCCAUCUAGGAGGAAUCAUCACCUUGCUUUGUAGACUAAACCAAUCUUUCUAUUUGUAUUAUUUAUUUACUAUCUACAACGAUUGGGAACCUUGUAGUAGUUGACGAGCUCCUUGUCAAUGGAGAUGAGACUGCUUAGAUGAGAUCAGGCAAGAUGAAAUCCCAAGCUUCAUCAGAUGUUCUAUAUCGUCUAAGUACAGUUGGAAUGGUAUCUCUCCUUCCAAGCAAUUAUGAAAGACUUUGGAAGAAAGUCUUGAGAACCACAACGGAAGAGAUCCCGAAGGGAGACCUCCAUAUCUUUCUUUCCCUUGAGUAAGCUCCAAGCUUUUUCUGUUUAUUCAAUUGGGGAACUCCCAAGGCUUCUCCGGGCUCUGCUGCAGAUAGGAAAUUCGGUCUCCAAUGGAGGAACAACGACAUGGGUUCGUGAUAAUCUGCUCAACCAUUGUCUUCCUCGGCCUGGUUGCCUUCUCCACAUGUAUUGCCGCCGAGGUGAAGAGAACAAAGGUCAGGGAUAUCAAAUUGGAUGGAAAGUUAUGCUACCUUCCAGCUAGCCCAGCCUUUGGGCUCGGACUCGCAGCUUUGGUCUGUCUCUUGGUGGUUCAGAUCGCCGGGAACACUGCCAUCGGCAUGCAAUUCUGCUCAAGAGAGAAGAAAACCGGUUUCAAGCCCAGAAAACCAAAAAUUGCAAUCGCUUUGCUGGUUCUCUCUUGGAUCAGCUUCAUACUUGCAAUGAUCUUAUUGGGUGGGGCUACAAGUAUAAGCCAGAGGCAGCCGUAUGGCGAAGGGUGGCUGGACGGAGAUUGCUACGUCGUCAGGGCCGGAGUUUAUGCCGGAUCAGCUGUACUAGUUCUGGCUACUGUAAUCUUUUCACUGGGAUCCAUCUUGACGACUAGAACGAGAGAUUGGAGAAAGCAGGUCGAACAAGGGAAGAAGAUACAUGCACAGAUGGGAUGACGAGUUACAGAGAUGGAGAGAAGCACAGAGCCCCUUAAAAUUGAAGUGUAGUAUUCACUCUUCAACCGACAAAAGAAAGGCAUUGAUGAAGACAGUAGCAAGUUACGACAAAUAAAGAAGACAUUGAGAUUGUCUGCAAAGGAGAAAUGGCAGCAUUUUAGUGUUGACGAAGCAAAGGACCCCACGUACAGAAAUAGAGAGAUCUUUUGUUCACAUUUGGAUAUAUGGAUAAUAAUAAUAAUGGGUCAAAUCUGAACUACAUUAUACCAUCUACCAAGCAAAAUCUUACUCUCCAUCGUGUACAUAUAUAUUUUUUGUUUUUGUAAGUGUAAUAUACUUUUCCAAAUACAAUAAGAUGAAAUAGGGGAAGGAUUAAGGAUAGGAGUUGCAGAUUAAACGUUUGCUUUGUCUUUAUUUUUUUUCUGAGUUGAUUAGCAAAGCCUCAAGGCAUCAAAAUGUAAAAGAAAUACUCUGAGCAGAGGUUGUAAGUAAAAUAUGAGAAGAAAAGAGAACAAGUGGCAUCCACUCCAGCCAUCUGUAAUGG